CAGGAAGAGCUAAAGAUGGCUGAAUUUCUAGAUGACCAGGAUACUCGACUGUGUGACAACUGCAAAAAAGAAAUUCCUGUGUUUAUUACCAUCCAUGAGAUCCAUUGUCAAAGGAACAUUGGUAUGUGUCCUAUCUGCAAGGAACCAUUUCCCAAAUCUGACAUGGAGAUUCACAUGGCUACAGAACACUGUCAGGUGACCUGCAAAUGUCAUAAGAAGUUGGAGAAGAGGCAAUUAAAGAAGCAUGAGGAGACUGAGUGCCCUCUGCGGCUUGCUGUCUGCCAGCACUGUGAUUUGGAACUUUCUGUUCUCAAACUGAAGGAACAUGAAGAUUACUGUGGUGCCCGGACAGAGCUAUGUGGCAACUGUGGACGCAAUGUCCUUGUGAAAGACCUGAAGUCUCACCCUGAAGUUUGUGGAGAGGGAGGAGGAAAGGAGAAUGAGGUUGCUGUAUCUCCUAAUACAUACGAUGAGUCUUGGGGUCAAGAUGGAAUCUGGAUUGCAUCCCAGCUCCUGAGACAAAUUGAAGCUCUGGACCCUCCCAUGAGGCUACCCCGAAGGCCUCUGAGAGCCUUUGAAUCAGACCUUUUCCGCAAUAGGACUACCAACCAAAGGAAUAUGACAGCCCCCUUUCCAAUUCAGAAUAAUCUGUGUGCAGCUGAUGAGACCAUGUUGCCUUGUGAAUUUUGUGAGGAGCUGUACCCAGAGGAACUGCUGAUUGACCAUCAGACAAGCUGUAACCCUUCACGUGCCUUACCUUCACUCAAUACCGGCAGCUCUUCUUCCAGUGGGGUGGAGGAUCCUGAUGUCAUCUUCCAGAACUUUCUGCAACAGGCUACAAGUAACCAGUUAGACUCUUUGAUGGGGCUGAGCAGUUCACCCCCUGUGGAAGAUAGUGUUAUCAUCCCAUGUGAAUUCUGUGGGGUACAGUUGGAAGAAGAGGUGCUGUUCCAUCACCAGGACCAGUGCGACCAACGCCCAGCCAUGGCAAACAACCAUGUGAUCGAGGAGAUUCCUAGACAGCAUUCCCAGCUUCAAGAGACCUCACCAGAGCUGCCCAGGAGGCGUGUCAGACACCAGGGAGAACUGUCUUCUGGCUACAUGGAUGAUAUCAAGCAGGAAGUAGCUAAAGGACCCAUCUACCCUCUGCCCCCCAGCAGACCCAUUAAUAAUAUUACAACUACCUGUAACCGACUAUCAAAAUCAACAUCAGGCCCUACAGCGGGGAGCCAGCCCAACCCUUUGAAACUCAGCAACUCAGAGAGCCAGGACAUACGGGGGCGAAAUAGAAGCAGCCAGAAUGGGGCCAUGGACACUGGCACAUGCCCAGUUCGAAAUCUCCGCCCAGAAUACCUUGUGUCCUCUUUCCCCCUUGGGCCUGCUGGGAGAUAUGGAGCAAGUGGUAGGAGUGAAGGUGGCAGAAGCUCACGGGUCACCCCUGCAGCCACCAACUACCGCAACAGAACUGCAAAGGCAAAGCCCCCGAAGCAGCAGGGAGCUGGGGAUGCAGAGGAGGAAGAAGAGGAGGAGUAGUGGUGUCUGCAGAGACCCUCGCCUCGGUUCUACCUAUGCAUAGCAGCCCUUGCCUUGGUGCAGGCCCCACCUCUCUGGCUCUUUAGGCAGGGGAGAUUUUCCGGAUUAUUCUUUUUCUAGGUUACGGCCGCCAUUUUGUGUCUUUUGAAAUUGUGCUGUGGGAGUUUGGGGGUUUGAGGGAGGGUUAGCAGGGAGGCUAUUGGGAAUUGUUUCAGCCUUAGCUGCCACUUUUUGGUACAGAUAAUGGCCUCUUGGCCCACCAGGACUUCACCUUUUGAAAUACCAUCACCACUGCUUCUUGGUGCUUUGUGGUCCUGGUGGAAGGAGUAGAGGGUUCUGGAAAUCUGGUUCCCAACAUGAAGUGAUUUUCUUAACUGUGGGGUCCUAAG